AUGGCAAUACUUCCUUCUCCGGACGACGGCCCUAGCAAAGUCCGGGCGUAUUUGCUUGAUCUCCUCAUUCAAGAACACGAGGCCCCUCCCGAACUCGCUCAAACCUCUGCCGAUAAGUGGGUGUUAGGUCACGGUAGCGACCUACGGCGAACAUCUCGUGAGGGAUUUAGCCAGCUUUUCGGGCAGUCAGUGGGUCCGUAUCUGUACCAAAGCAUCAAGAGAGAUGUUGAAGCCGAACGGCGGUCGUCCCCUACGUGGAAACGCACCUACUGGACCAUGAUCACCGUCAGCGUUGCUGCCGUAUUCUUCCUGAUCCAGGCAUAUAACUCUCGCUCGCAGGCGCAGACAGUGGAUAACUUAGGAUACGCGAUGGUGGUGUUUGGGCCGACUAUGUUCUUCUGUGCGUUUGGAUCGCCAAACGAGGAUAUAUUCGGUCUAGCAUUUAUCGCAGGGCUUUUGGUGUCAGCUGGAGCAGGCUUUUGGUGUGUGUUCAAGCUAAUAGGGUGA